AUGGAAGGUUAUGCAAAAUUGGCUUCCUUGAUGGGAGCCAAUCCUGAAGUGGCUAUUCUUCGUCGGUUUGGAGCGAUGAACGCUCAAAAUCUACUAUAUUUUCAAGCGGAACUAGUAGCGUUGGAAGAUGACCUUCGAUAUUAUGCUGACCAAGACUCUGCAUCGGAUGACCUCGAUCGAAAACUUUAUUCAGAGUGCUGGGACUAUCUCAGCAAAUCGGACGAUAAGAGUAGUGGUAGUGACGAAAGAGCCGGACAACAAUGGCGGACAAUGCUCAGGAUACGUGAAAAACUGAAAGAGUAUAACGAAGCGCUUCUGCACCAGACGGCGCUCGCAGGUCUUCAGAAGCCCAACCCCAGAGAUCUCUCCUUUCUCCAGCAAUGGAUGGAAUCUGUCUCAAUGGGCAAUGUGCGUCUGGUGGGCCAAGACAGUGAUGUCUGGUCAAAGCCGGAUAAAUCAGACCUCAUCGCUCUACAAGCUCGGCACGCCGACGAUCCUCUUACGGCCUGGGUAACUAAUACAGGGGUGCACUGGUGGCAUCAGGUUGUUGGGAAAUAUCUGAGGGUACUGGUUUCCCUCCCACGCUGA